CGGCGGCGGCGGGAGCUGGUCCCUGACCGAGCGGGAGUCGCCAUGGCGGCGGACGGAGAACGCUCCCCGCUGCUGUCGGAGCCCGGCGAUGGCGGCGCUGGUGGCAACGGCUUAGCAGGUCCCGGCGGGAACGCGACUGGGCCCGGGGGAGGCCUGACGCCCUCCGCACCUCCGUACGGAGCCGGUAAACAUGCCCCGCCCCAGGCAUUUCCCCCGUUCCCUGAGGGGCAUCCAGCCGUGUUGCCUGGAGAGGACCCACCCCCCUACUCACCCCUGACUAGCCCGGAUAGUGGGAGCGCCCCCAUGAUUACCUGUCGAGUCUGUCAGUCUCCGAUCAACGUGGAAGGCAAGAUGCAUCAGCAUGUAGUCAAAUGUGGUGUCUGCAACGAAGCCACUCCCAUCAAGAAUGCUCCUCCAGGAAAGAAGUAUGUGCGAUGCCCCUGUAAUUGUCUCCUGAUCUGCAAGGUGACUUCCCAGCGCAUUGCCUGCCCUCGGCCCUACUGCAAAAGAAUCAUCAACCUAGGGCCUGUGCAUCCAGGACCUCUGAGUCCAGAACCACAGCCAAUGGGUGUCAGGGUCAUCUGUGGACAUUGCAAGAAUACGUUUCUGUGGACAGAAUUCACAGACCGAACCUUGGCCCGAUGCCCUCACUGCAGAAAAGUGUCAUCUAUUGGGCGCAGAUACCCUAGGAAGAGAUGUGUCUGCUGUUUCUUGCUUGGUUUACUUUUGGCAGUCACUGCCACUGGCCUUGCUUUUGGCACGUGGAAGCCUGCACAACAAUACGGAGGCAUCUAUGCAGCCUGGGCAUUUGCCAUUUUGUUGGCUGUUCUGUGUUUGGGCCGAGCUCUCUAUUGGGGCUGUAUGAAAGUCAGCCAUCCUGUCCAGAACUUCUCCUGAGGCCUUGGCCCAGUCUGUGCCUGGCGGCUGCCUGGCACCAACAAUAACACUACAAAGGCUCUCUGGACUUCUACAAGGAAGCCAAGCAGCUGUCUCCCUUUUCCCUGGGGAGAGGUAGGAAGGAAACAGUCCCUUGCUUAGGUUUGGAAGGGUAGGUAAGACAUUGCUGGUAGUCUUUCUUCCAAGGUUUGCUGUUUAGGGUAAAUAGGCAAAACAUUGCCCCUAAGCCUGGAUCUUCAAGGUGGUACU